AUGAUUUAUUAUCAUUUCAAAGAACACGGUCUUGACAAUUUUACUAUUUUCCUUGUAUCGGAACAUGAUAUCGGCGAGCGCAAGCAACUCAAUCAUUUCGAACAAUUAGUGAUUGACAGUACUCAGUGUGUCAAUAGGGUUCCUGCCCACAAGACUAACGAUGAGAAGAUAAUUCAAAGACAAACCUAUCGCGACCUACAUAAAGAAGAAGCAACUCAACGGGCUAAGCAGCACUAUGAAGCUAACAAGGAGCGAAUCAAAGCUCGAUCUAAUGAAAGAAUCGAAUGUGAUUGUGGAAGUACAUACACACGAUACAACAAAUCGCGUCAUGUUAAAUCCAAUAAACAUCUGAAAAGUUUAGCUGAUCAUCAGCAAUAA